AAAAUCCGAUCUAUCUAUCCUAAUAACACAAUUGUCACCUCUACGCCUCGCCUAUCUUUACGGUAGUUAUGCAAGGGGGAUAAAAACGAGAGGAAAGAGGGGAAAGGCGUGGGUAGUAAAGCGUAAAACACGUUAGAAGAAGAAACAAUCACCCACAAAAAAUUAAAAAAAAACACACAUUAUUCAUUCAUUGAACGCUUCAACGGCAUUGUUUCCCGGUUCUCAGGUUCCUUCAUGUGGUGUUGUAAUUGAGAAGCGAUUUUGAUUUUUUUUUUUUAAUUUGAAUUUGAAUUUGGGGGAAAAUUAGCUUUGUUUUUUUUUUUUUUUUUUUUUGAUUUAUCAAGGUGGAAAUUGAGGGGGUUGAAUUUUGAGGAGGAGAAGAAAUCGUGAUUGUUGAAAAAAAAAUGAGUGCUUCGAGGUUCAUAAAAUGUGUUACAGUUGGUGAUGGUGCCGUUGGUAAAACUUGCUUGUUGAUUUCUUACACCAGCAACACUUUCCCUACGGAUUAUGUGCCCACUGUCUUUGACAACUUCAGUGCAAAUGUCGUCGUUAAUGGGGCCACAGUUAAUCUGGGGUUAUGGGAUACUGCAGGACAAGAGGAUUACAACAGAUUAAGACCUUUGAGUUAUCGUGGAGCAGAUGUUUUUAUUCUUGCUUUCUCCCUCAUUAGCAAGGCUAGUUAUGAAAAUGUUUCUAAGAAGUGGAUUCCCGAGUUGAAGCAUUAUGCUCCUGGUGUCCCCAUUGUUCUUGUUGGAACAAAGCUUGAUCUUCGGGAUGACAAGCAAUUUUUCAUAGAUCACCCUGGUGCAGUUCCAAUCACUACAGCUCAGGGUGAAGAAUUGAGGAAGCUGAUUGGUGCUCCUGCUUACAUCGAAUGUAGUUCAAAAACACAGCAGAAUGUCAAGGCAGUUUUCGAUGCAGCCAUUAAGGUUGUGCUUCAACCACCAAAGACAAAGAAGAAGAAGUCAAAGGCACAGAAGGCUUGCUCCAUAUUGUAAUUGUGUCAGUUGUAAAGAGAAACAAGCCCUAGUUCGAGCAUUCCAUCUCGCGUUCGACCUUUUGUCUUUCACAAUCAAGCUUGAGGAUGCAGGCAGGCUUUUUUAGCGUAUGAUUUCUUACUGAUUGUACUUGGGUUCUUUUGUGGAGCAUCAGGUUGUUUCUUGUUGCUUUCUGGCAUUACAUUACCAUCUAAUUCGUGGUUUUGGUUCAGUCUUUAUGUAUUAAAUAUAAGGUACUGGAAGAUCCCAGUUUAGGAAAGGACCGAUAUUUUUCCCCCUUAACCCUAGCAGAGCAGUUUAAUUCAUUUCUUCACAACUACUUGUUAUGAAGAUGAUUGCCUCUGGCUACAUUUUUUAUGUCUCUUUGAUUUCUGUAGUUUAAAGUUUAAAUAUCGCGCUAUUUUUCAAUACGAUGUUUUUCUUUGCUCCCCUUUUGAUUA